AUGGCCGCCACACGUCUCCGCCACACGUUUCGCUACGCAGACGACGAGGACGAUCUGUCCGACGGGCCGGAAGUGCUGGAUGAACAGGAACAGGAUGACCUCAUCCAGGCGCUGGCCCAGCAGAACCAGCGGCGCAACGAGCAGUUCCGCCAGCUGCUGGUGGCCGUCCCCGUCUUGGCCAUGGUGCCCUUCCUGAUUGCCUGCGUCUCUCCAUCGAUAUCAUCGACUCGCUCCUCUUCCGCCACGAUGCUUCCGCUGCUCGGCCUCACAUCGCUGGCCGCCACCGCCUAUCUGCUGCACCGCCAGCCCGCCGCGACGACUGGCAUCGCCGCUCUGGACGCCUGGAGCGGUGCUGCUCGGUCACCGUCGUCGUCGUCGCCAGCAUCGCCGCUCGAUCGACACCUCCCCCUGCUCAACGCCGGUUUGUGCGCCAUGCUCCUGCUGUCGCUGCUUCUGCCACGGCCCUCGGCCGCCGGAUCCAGCUCCCUCUCCCGCCAGCUCCUGGCCAGCCUUCCGGCACUCGUCUACAGUGUCGUUCUCGCCGGCAAGGCCACCAUGGCCGGCGUUGACCCCGAGCAGGAGCUCGGUCGCCUUCGCUACGACUACAAGGGGGCCCGAACGGACGACGCCAUGCCACCACCACAGGCGUCACGCCCGGCCCUCACGCACUUUCUGUGCAUCCCGCUGGGGACGGCCGCCGGCCGGCCGCAGCUGGCCGCCAGCCUGGCGGCUUUCCAUGCCGACAUGGCGGCGACGACGGUGGCCAUGACAGAAGGGGGGCCGACGGGGCCGAGCAACCGGGGUGGCGGGACCACCCGUCGAGGACGGCUGCCGGCCGGAGCACUGCGGCCAGUGGGCACACUGCAUCUGACGCUGGGGGUGCUGAGCCUCGGCGGAGACGGGCGGCUGCAGCAGGCUCUCGAGCGGCUGCAGCAGCUGAAGGAGCUGAACAAGGACGAGGGCGCGGCAGACGUCCGCGUGGCCCUGCGUGGACUCUACGCGAUGCAGCCGCCGUCGCGGGCAGCCGUGCUGUAUGCGGCGCCGGUGGACGAGGCAUCGGGCGUGGUGGCGGGCGGGGCGCUGCUGCGGCUGUGCGAGCGCGUGCGGGCAGCGUUUGCCGAUCUGCUCGUCGACGACGGCCGGCCGCUGCUGCUGCACGCGACGCUGGUCAACACGGUAUACAUCCGCAGAGGGGGCCGGGGACGGGGCGGAGGAGGACGGGGUGGGCGUGGAGGAGGCCGUGGACGCGGAAGAAUCCUGUUGGACGCACGUGACAUCGUGGAGAGAUACGAAGACUGCGUGUGGAUGGAGCAGGUGCCCGUCGAGACGGUGGCGCUGUGUCGGAUGGGGGCGCAGACGUUGGCCGUGGACGACGACGGAGAGGUGGUGGAGGCAGCAUAUCCGGUGGAGGCCGAGGUGAAGGUGUAG